AUGUCUCACGACCACUCCCACUGCCACGACGAGCACCACGACCACGGCGGCGACGGCCACGACCACACCGAUGACAUAACGCCAGCCCUGCAAAAUCUUCUCUACGAACAAAUCGACUUCAGCAAACUCGUCACGCUCAACGAAGAUGAAUCCAACAGCGGCCGCGCCAUCUGCCAGAAAACAUGGGCGCAACGCCUCGACCCCGAACCUGAAAUCAAGAGUAGCGCCGACGAACAACUCCUGAUGAUCGUCCCCUUCACGGGCCAAGUGCGCCUGCACUCAAUCCUCAUCCGCACCUCGCCCUCGCCCUCCUGCCCCAAAACGCUAAAAGUCUUCCUCAACGCCGACGCCAUGGACUUCGACACCGCCUCGGACGCCACGCCCACACAAGAACUCUCAAUCUCCCAAACCUCAGAGGUCCAGGAGAUACCCGUCAAGCGGGCGCAUUUCAACACGACGCGCAGCCUGGCGCUGUUCUUUGAGGACAAUUGGAGUGCGGGCGAGGAGGAGGAGACUAGGAUAAGUUAUCUUGCGUUCAAGGGCGAUUUUAUGAAAUUGAACAAGGAACCGGUUAGUGUCAUGUACGAGGCGGCGGCGAACCCAAGUGACCAUAAGAGUAUUGUGGGGAUUGGGGAGGGGGUAGGGAGGAGCAUUCAGUAG